GCAACACCUUACACACACAUUCACUCAACCAACCUCACACUCCCUUGUCUCUCUCGCAUUCUCACUUUCCAAUUUCCCAAAUCCUCUUUUUCUUUAUCCUUACACAUAACACACCCAUCCCCUUCUUCCUAUCCAUUUAUCCACCCACAUCCACACACACACAAUAACAAUUCACACACACGCUUCGCAGAAUCUUCAUCACAUAGAUGGGAACUGGUGCAUCGAAGGACGCAGAGGAAGGGAGCAAGGAAGAGCGUGACAGGCUCGAUCAUGCAGGUGGCCAACUCUACGUCUCUCUCAAGAUGGAGAAUCGGAAGCUCACAGGGGACCUUGUUCCUCACGUUUAUGGCUCUGUUCCUCUUGUUGGCUCUUGGGAUCCUUCCAAAGCUCUUUUCAUGGAGCGGGAAUCGGUGUCAAUGUGGGAACUUAGCUUUGUUGUCCCACCUAAUCACGAAACUUUGGAUUUCAAAUUCCUGUUGAAGCCUAAGGACAGCAAUACACCUUGUUUUGUUGAGGAGGGUCCUAGCCGCCUGCUUGUGGGGGGAGCGUUGCAAGAGGAUGCCAGGCUUGCGUUGUUUAGGCUUGAUAGUGGCGAGGUUCUUGAGUAUCAAGUCUUUGUUAAAGCAGACAGGGUUUCUCCCUUUGACCUUGCAGCGAGUUGGAGGGCUUAUCAGGAUAAUUUUCGUCCUUCAUCUGUGAGAUGGAUUCCUGAUGUUAGCAUAAAUUCAGCACCUCAGACCAGUGGUGAGAAUGGUUGUUCUGUAGGUUUGGAACUUGAUCUUGAGCAUUAUGUUGUCCCAACUCCCGCAACUUCAGCAAAUUCAGCACAUGUAUAUGCCGCUAACCUGACAGAGAAUCCAAGGUCACUAAUUAUUGGGUCUGGCAGCAGUUCAUAUCCCAUCAAGGAGAUGGAGGUUAUUGUACCUGAUCCAUCUAAGAUAUUUCAAAGUCCUGGAAUGGUUGAAUCCAAGUCAGUUGGAACAUUUUCACCUCUGCAAAAGCAAGAGAGUCAGAGGGGACUUUUUGUUGAUAGAGGUGUUGGAUCUCCUAGACCUGUAAAAUCUUCUAGUUCAAAUAUUUUCUCUACUGAUCUCAAUUUGGAUAGUGAUACCAAGAAUUCAAUGCCAGCUGCUGCUGGAGCUGUUGCUGCUGCAGCUGUUGCUGAUCAGAUGCUGGGUCCCAAGGAAGAUAGACAUUUGGCAAUUAUCCUGGUGGGUCUGCCAGCCCGAGGUAAAACUUUCACUGCAGCUAAACUUACAAGAUAUCUUCGAUGGUUAGGUCAUAAUACCAAACACUUCAAUGUUGGGAAGUAUCGUCGCCUUAAGCAUGGAGCUAAUCAGUCUGCUGAUUUCUUUCGAGCUGACAAUCCGGAAGGCAUGGAGGCACGGAAUGAGGUAGCAGCACUGGCAUUUGAAGAUAUGAUCUCUUGGAUGCAAGAAGGUGGCCAGGUUGGGAUAUUUGAUGCCACAAACAGUAGCAAGGAACGAAGAAACAUGCUGAUGAAAUUGGCUGAAGGAAGAUGCAAGAUAAUCUUCCUGGAAACAAUAUGCAAUGAUAGAAAUAUAAUUGAAAGGAAUAUUCGCCUUAAAAUUCAGCAAAGUCCUGAUUAUGCAGAAGAGCCAGAUUUUGAGGCUGGAUUGCAAGACUUUAAAAAUCGUCUAGAAAAUUAUGAGAAGGUUUAUGAGACAGUUAAUGAAGGAUCUUACAUAAAAAUGAUUGAUAUGGUCAGUGGGCAUGGUGGACAAAUACAAGUGAAUAAUAUCAGUGGUUACCUUCCUGGCCGAAUUGUCUUUUUCUUGGUAAAUACACAUCUUACCCCACGCCCAAUUUUACUUACUCGACAUGGGGAAAGUCAGGAUAAUGUGAGAGGCAGAAUUGGAGGGGAUACUGCAAUAAGUGAGGCAGGAGAACUUUAUUCAAAGAAGCUUGCCAAGUUUGUUGGAAAGCGUCUCAAAUCAGAACGGGCUGCUUCUAUAUGGACUAGUACACUACAACGAACAAUUCUGACAGCCAGUCCAAUUGUUGGAUUUCCCAAGAUACAAUGGCGUGCACUUGAUGAGAUAAACGCAGGGGUGUGUGAUGGUAUGACAUAUGCAGAAAUCAAGAAAAACAUGCCAGAGGAGUAUGAAUCACGCAAGAAGGAUAAGCUUAGGUAUCGUUAUCCUCGGGGUGAGUCAUACUUGGAUGUCAUUCAAAGGUUAGAACCUGUAAUUAUAGAGCUUGAGCGACAACGAGCACCUGUUGUUGUGAUAUCUCACCAGGCAGUUUUGAGGGCACUAUAUGCUUAUUUUGCUGACAGGCCUUUGAACGAAAUUCCGCAUAUAGAGGAAAAUAAUGCAUGGACACUUGUGUGCUACUACACACCUGGAGAGAGAUAGAGACAGAAGAAAGAAGAGUGUAGAUAUGACAAGAGAUAGAGAAAAAUGAAGAGUGUCAGUUAGGUUUAUACAUAAUGAGUGUCAAUUAGGUGUAUACAUUGUGUAGGUGUUUAUGUAUCAUUACUCUUCAUGAUAUUGUAUGUGUUGAUCAUUUUAGUCCUGGACUUUGAAAAAUGUUAUUCAUUUUAGUUUGUAAAUAGUAUUUUCCAGUUAGGAACUAAAGCAAAAUUUUAGUAAAGUUGAGGUCAGGGACUAAAGUGACUAGUGCAUACAAUUCCAAGGACAAAAUUGAGGAUUUACUGAAGCACAAACUACAGUUGUUUCUAGUUACACUAAUUAAUGGAAUGGAGAUUGCAUUU